AUGAAAGCUUUUAUUGCUGUCUGCUUUCUUUUCGCCUAUGUGUACUCUAUACCAACUUUUGACGCAACAUUAGAUUCAACAUGGGCCUUAUUCAAGAAUACCUAUCAGAAACGUUAUGCAUCGAAUGCAGAAGAAUCAACGCGCCGAGCAAUUUGGGAAGAUCAUGUUGCUCUCAUUAAAAAACAUAAUCUUGAAGCUGAUCUCGGUUUACAUACUUAUACACUAGGAAUGAAUAAAUAUGGUGAUAUGACCAAUAAAGAAUUUGUCAAACAAAUGAAUGGUCUUAGAGUUGGUUCAAAUGUUAGCUUUUCUGGUACUUGUGAUCAAUAUGUUGCUCCACGAAACUUGAAAAGACCAGAUACUGUUGAUUGGCGUACAGAAGGCUACGUAACACCAAUAAAAGAUCAAGGUCAAUGUGGAUCAUGUUGGGCUUUUUCAACAACUGGUGCACUCGAAGGACAACACUUUGCCAAAACAAAACAACUUGUUUCACUUUCUGAACAGAAUUUAGUUGAUUGUUAA